AUGCCUGGAAGCUAUCCAUCGAGUCCAAAAGAUACUACCGCAUCUGGUGGUUACUCAGCAACGCCAGAAAGCGCAUGGUCGGACAAGUCGCAGCGCGGUACUGACUUUCCACUAGGGUCUGAAGGAAGUAGUGCAAACUCUACUGGAGAGAGUCUCAAUAAUGACAAGGGCCUAAUCGAUCAAUCCACGAAUGGUACCAGCUUGGUUCCUGAGAUACAAGACGCACAACAGGGUCGGGACAAGUCAUCGGACUUUGGAGAAGAUGCAUGGGGAGUCGAGCAAGGGGCAGGGAAGGAUUUUUGA